UAUUGUUUUUGGGAAGGUUUCUUUACUCCUGUGUACCCAAAUUUAGUUGAUUUUAUUCCUUUCAUGAAGUAUAUUUAGUCUAAUAUUCUAGUUGGUAAAUUUAUUAUUCCUGUAUUCCGAUAAGUAUAUUUCUUUUGUCUCAUUACGCGUUUUUGGCAAGGUUUUUAUACCGGAACAGCUACGAAAAUGAAAAUAUGAUUGGAAUGUCAGUAAAAUGUUACAUUAUCUGCUAGCCAAACUAUAAUUGUAAUUGUACUUUAGCUUUUAGUAAUUAUUUGUUACGUUGCAUUAUAUUUCAGUUUACGGUUCGAUUAUCGUCAAUAAAAUCACCAUCAAGGACUAGCUCCUAGUUUCGUGAUCACAGUUGAUUCAUGAUCGACCAGUAAAAUAUACCCGCUCACACGGAGUUUCGCCGCCACAAAUAGUUUUAGCCGCGUGACAAUUGGCUUCUCCUACAGUCGCAGCGUAUCAUCCGUUACAGUACUACCGACAAUUAUCAAUUCAGUGAGCUACGGUAAAACGAGCAACAAAAACGUGUAACUUGCAGGUUUGCAUCAUUGCUGCAAAACGAGUUUAAAAGCUCGAAAAAGCGAUGCUGCAGGGUUUACCACCUAUGUAUAGAAAUCAACAUGUCUUCCAACAGAUUAGCCUGAAUUUCAGACGAUUACUUCGAGUCGUUUUUACUCCCUCAGUCAGAACAACAGAUAAAUUUGCGAAACUUACAUUCACUCACCCUGCAACAAACCUGAUUUCAGCGGCAGAUCCGGGAAUUUUUCAAAAACGGGUUUGCAAGUGUAACUGAGGAAAAAGCGAACGUCCCGCGGCCAAGGAAUGAUUGAAUAAUAUGUGGAUUGUCCUUAAUUUGGCAUGGAUUUCUCAGGGAAUUUGAUGCACUAUCACCAAGGACUAGGAGUACAGUAUAUUAAACAACGAUAGUCGAUAAUUGUUGGUCGCUCUUUUAAAGAGCCUUCUUCGAUUAGCCUGUAGAAAGCCGCCUUUCUGAGGGAGGGGGUGAGGUGGGGAGGGGGCUACUACCUUAUUAGAGGAAAUUAAUAACGAUGUACGUUGACAACGCGAAAAAGAGUUAUUUUAUUUAUUUUUAGGCGAAGGAAAUUUACGUUACACAAACUUAACGCGAAUUUUCCAAAAGAUAGGUUUACAUCACCGGGCAUCACAUUAACGCGAAAUUUUCGAAAACAAUGUGUGCUUACUUUAUUUUACCCAAUUACGAGAAUUUGCUGCAAUACAAACUUCUAAACAUACAUCCCUAAAGCAAACAACAGCAGCAUUUCCAUGAAGAAGAAGGACUGAAGAAGUUAGCUAUCCCUCGGGGAAACGGGUCAAUACGAAGACCAGUCGAAAACACAAAAAAAAUCUACCAAAAAAGCAAACCGACGAUUGCAAGAUGUAUUUUGAGUGACCAUGAUUUCUUCAGAUGUGUAAUUCGCUGGACACCGUAACCUGGACGGCAAGGCCCCUACAAAUUUGUUCAAAAGAGGGCCAGAAACUCGGCUAAGGCAGGGUUACUGUGCCAAAUACCUAAAAAUUUUGCUACUGUUCACUCUUUUCCCAUUUACUGGGUUUGUAAGUUUACUCCCAUUCCCGCUUUUGUUCUUUUAUUUCUCAGGGAAUGGGAGCCUGGGUCCUGUCGGUUUCAUUGAUCCCGGGAAAUAAAUCCUCACUCGUGAUUGGUCAGCCUAUCCUGGUUCCAUGUAGUGAACAAAUUUUUCAAACUGUGAAUCUGAGUGUGGUUUCGCUCGUGGAAAACAAGGGUCCAGCUGAAAUUCAUUGUUCCUUCUUCGUUUUGGAUUAAUGUCGUACCUUGAAUUCUUUUCUAGCGUAUGGUAUGGCCGCCAAGCACAUAAAUUCUGUGGACGUGAACGAGUUCGAUCGUCUUCGAAAGGAAAACGCUGUACUUCGGGACGAGUUAGCCCACUUACGAAAUGAAGUCUCAGGCGAGAGACAUACUCAUGAACAAAUGUUGAAGAGUUUUCAAGCAUGUCACAAUGAAGAUGCAAGAAAACUGCGAGAGGAGAAGAAACUUACAUCGAAAUUAGCGGAGGAAAACGGUGAAUUACGUUUGGAAUUGAAAGAUCUCAGGAAACGCGCUUCGUCUUCUUCGUCAGCUAAAACAAAAACAUCAGAGACAGAAUUCAACGCACAGUUGGUCAGAGAGCUUUCAAAUGUAGGACAAAGGCUUGAAACGUUACACAGAGAUCUACUUUCGAGUCCUGUUGCGAAAAGCGUUCAUGGAAAGCACUCUACAAGUCAUGGUGAGAUCGGAAUUUCAGUCUUCGUGUGUAUAUAAUGCUUAUAGUUUAGAAGUGUUCGCUCGUCCAAACGCAUUACCCUUCCUUAUGAGCUUAAAUGAUGUUUAAAAUGAAAGCUAUCCCAGACAAUUAAUGAGGAGAUUACUUUAGAUAAGGAUAAUAUCAAGAUAUGGAUGGAGAAAGUAUCUAUGCAUCUUUAGGAAUACCAAAACACGGCCUUAAUCCUCUGAAACAUUUAACAUGACAGUAUGAGGGUUGCAUAUUGACAUUCGAUCGUUCGAUUCGAACAGUGAGCUGGCAUCGUUUAUCCUUCAGAAAACAAUCAAUUAAAAUUGGUAAACGGAACUGGGAGUUUCAUGGCUUAAAGUAAAUUCUGUGUCUAAAAAUCUCUGUGUCGUAGUUGAAAAUUAUUCAAAUUGUAAAUUAAUUCCUCAAAACCGUCGUUCAAAGCUGUUUUGUUGACCUUUCGUUAGUCUCUUGUGUAAAUUCUCUGCUAAUUUUAUAUUCUAAAGCGGUUUGUCUUUAAACUGUUACGUAUGUACUUCAAGUGUUUUCGUCUGUGGUAUGGUUUGUUGUGGUUAAAAUUGUCUUUCAUAUUUCAUUUUUAAUUGUCCUUCAAAUUGAUCAAAAGUGUUUCAUUCAACGGUUUUUUAAUUAGGCUCUCAAUUGGCUCAUGACAAGCAAAAAUUACGCUACUUUUGGAAUGCAAUAGCCGUAGUCGGCAAGCUUUCAUACGUAGUAUAUAGUCUGGGGUAGCUAUUUUAAAACUACAAUUCCCAUUUGGUAACUUUAAAAUUAUUUACAGCCUCCACUGGGCGUUAAUUGCUGUAAGACCUCAUACUGUGAAAAGUCAUACAUUUAACUGCAAUUUAAUAGCAGUAGGUGUUAAUUUUUCAUUACCUUUAAUUUAACUCUAUUCGAAUUAAAUGACUUCAGACUGAAAGAAAAUCAGUCAUCACUGAAUCAUGAAUUAACAUAAAUAUGCGCAAUUAUCUUAGUUGUGAACAGAAUCUUAAGUUGGCUCAAUUGGAUUUGUCAGGGGCCAUACCUCCCAAUUUUGAGCCUCUGUAAAUCACCAUUAACAAAGAUACCAGAACACAGUCCCUGCAUCUGUACUAGAUAAGGAUGAAUUUUUUCCUGAUCAGAACAAUUAUUGUCGGUAAAAAUUGGCUAAUAUCCUUCAGCCUGCGUUGCAGACAGUCUAAAUUCCCGAUAUAGACAGUCUGUGUAACAGCUCCCAAAAGCUUGUUCUGGUAUCCAGGAGGUUUGCAGGGAUAUCUGUAUCCAUUUCUGAUUGGCUUAAUUUGUAACACGCUUUGUGAUUGGAUACCGGUAUUUCCUUUCAGAGCAAUCUACUGAUACUCCGCCAUCCAACCGCGAUGCUAGAAACAAUACAAUAUUUUUACCUUUGUAUUUCCCUGGGUUUUCCAUUGAAUAAUUGGUGUAUGAAAAGGAAAUGAUGACUUUAUCUGAAGAAAAGUGAGCAAGAGCGUUUAGAGACGUAAAGUGCAGUAUGAAAUAGGUAAUCUUCCACCAGCAUGAGGAAAUUUACUACGAAAAUUUCUGUUAAGGAAGAGGUUAAACAGAAAUUCCCGCAGUGAAUAUUGGCCCAAUUGACCUAAUAGGUCAACAUAUUUUUCUGAAUUUGCCGACUGACCAUGGCAAAUGUCUUAUUUUCAAUAUCUUCCAAUUGUGGAGAAGGCUUUUUUCGAAAGACCUUGAGGUUCCAGUAUAUAAUUAUAUUGUAGUGAUAUCAACGUUGUAAAUGCUUAUGGAGGACCAGGUUUGUCAUCUAAAUGAUAUGCCAGUUCCUUCGAUUCCAUCAGUCAGGCCAUCCUGAUCACUGACCAGCAGUUCUCCUGAUUGUUUUAAUGCUAGUGAAACUGCACUUCGAUUCAGGCUCUUGAGUUCUUCUAAAUUUUCUAUUUGCUCGAUAAGUCCUCCUGAUUUCUUCAGUUUUGCAAGGCAGUUUCUACAGAGAGGGGUUUACAGACUUAUUGUUUUUUAUUGAUCUCAAAGCUGUCAAGAUAUAACUUUAGACUUGCGAUUUCGUCAAUAAUGUCAAAUUGCUUCCAUCCCUUAGGGAACAAAACCCUUUUUUUAAAACACAGCAGCAUACAUUGUAAAUAACAGAAAUAACCUCUUUGGCCUUUUGCUAUGCAAAGUAAUUUUUUUUUGUACUACUGCAACUUUUUAGCCUUGUGGAGUAUUGCGUGAUUGUUGUGUGAAGAAAUGUCCUAUCACAGAGUGCGUUAGAAAUUUAGCAAAUCAGAAGUGGAUGCAGUUUUCCUGCAAACCUGCAGGAUAUAAGCUUUUGGGAGCAGUUGUGCAGACAUUUUAUAUCAAGUUCUCUGUCUAGGUUUCAAGUUUCUGGCUGCAACCCAGGCUAAUAUCUGUAGACCGCAAAGUUUUUUUUUCAGGUGCAAUAAUUUAUUUAAUCUCAUAUUAGAUUUAUCUCUUUUUGUGAGAUUGAUGUGAAGAGUCCUUGGGAUAGUUUAAUGUGACUUUGAGAAACAAGGAUUUUAUUUCAUCUUCAUGGAGGACACUUUGCCUCUAAAAAAUCCAGUCAAGCCACCUUAAAUAACCUCUACAAGUGCAAUGAGACGAACAAAAUGAAAAUACUUAGCAUGUUGUGAAUAAUCAGCUUUAUUUGGCUGGUACUCUGAAAGCUUUAAAAUUAUUGAUUUCUUACCAAUGUUCAUUUUCACUAUCACACAGAAAAUUCUUUCCCACACAAGGAUCACUUCAAGAAACUAACUGCCGAAAUGGUCAACCUGAGAUCGCUUCUGGUAGCAAAAUCAGGCAUUGGAAUAAAUGGAGUUAUAUUAGCAAAUCAUAGAGAAGGUAAAGAAACACAGGACCAUUAGUUUUAUAUCAUGUCUCAAGAAAACAAUAUUAUUCCUAUGUCCUCGGCUGGUUUAGUGUGUUCCAGGCUUCAAGGUAGAGCUUGGCAGAAGAUACAGUUGGUUUAAUAAUACAGCAGAUUCCUUGUUUCUUGAACCUUCUCUUUUAAGAAAUUCCCAAGAAAACUAACUUCCCUUCACCAGGCAAAUUGUCAUUUUACAUUCUCUAUUUCAAACUUCCCCAAGAAUUGAGAUUCCACUGUACAUUAAAAUUCUCACAAAUAAUGAGUCAUGUCUCACUAAGAUGGACAUUUUUGGGACUGGCACCUACAUGUAUUUCAAAUAGGUGUUUGUUAAGGAAAGUCGACUGCAUGUUGCUUUUGAUCCUGGGAGAGAAGUUACUUGCAUCAAUUUUGGCUGGUUUUGUACCCCUGGUCUCUCAGUUUGGGCUUCUAUCUGCCGCAGAUUCACCACCUAUGUACAGUGCAAGCCAGAAUGGUCAUGUGAUGGACAUUGAAGAUGUUGACAUGACAAAGACAGUGGCGGAUCCAGGGGAGGGGCCCGGGGGGCCUGCCUCCUCCCCGCUGGACCAAAGGGAGGAAAUAUUUUUGGGAGACUGGGUGCCCCCCUUAUCUAAGGGUCUGGAUGACCCCCCCUCCUUAUCUCAAGACCUGGAUCUGGCACUGAAGAGUGUGAAUUUUAUUCGUUGUCUAAUUAAUUAAUUAAUAUAUAUAUUUUUCCUUGUUAAGGGUAUGAUAUAAUAGUACAAUUAUUAUACAGAGCUGCCAUUAAGGGCCGUAACCCGUAACACCUGUUACAGCUGAGCUAACUUGAUUUUAUGGGUGAUCUGACACUAUAAAGUUUUUGGGAGAUGUUACAGGUGAAUCUUUAUUUGCUACAGCUGCUCUAAAAAUAAAUGACAGCCCUGCAAUAUUACUUUGAAACAAAGAAAAUUAGUAUUUCAAUUUAAACAAGGAUAAAAUAAUAUUUACAAUAAUGUCAAAGCUGAAAAUGUUUUAUUUAUGUCCUCCUACAUGUAGUCAAAACUAGAGGUAUACCAUCAAAUUCUGUGGAUGAAAACGUAACUGAUCUUCCGACCGGGGACUUAGUUCAUCUCAGUGGACCAGUUACAGAAGAUGCAGUUACUAGAGCAUUGCAACAAAGGAGUGCAGUAGGAGAGAACUAUGUAUGUACAAGCUAGCCAUCUGACUGACAGUGCAUGCUCUUCCUUGUAUUAUGUAGUGUGAAAUUUCACUUGUAAGUUACCCCAGUUGUAGCUUAUAGAGGCAGGUGACAGGCUCUACCAAUGUAUGUAGCAUGAGUGUGGGAUGACUUUACUUUGUUUUUUUAUAAAGUUGAACCUCCAUGUGUGACCACCACCUAAUGAGUGACCACCUCCCGAAAGCGAUCACCUUAUCCAACACACCAAAAUUUCCCUGUCAAAGCCCUAAAUUUGAACCUCUACUAAAUGACCAUCUACUAUAAGCGACUGUGACCACUUCUUGGGGCUGAUGGUUUAAUGAUUUUCCAUUUUUUUAACCUCUUGUCAGCGACCACUUCAGACAUGGUCUGAUCUCUACGUUCACUCUAUGUACUGUCAGUGCUACUUUGGUUUUAUAAAGAAUUUUUGAUGACAGUAUGAAAGUACACAUACCCUAACUUAGAGAAUGCAUGCAUUAAAUUAUCUACCGUCAAGUAGACGUGUUGGGACCCCUUCUCAGAAGAGAUCCCUUGUGGUUCAAUUCUCGUAAACAACCACCUCUUGUUAGCGUCAACUAAGUCUUUGCAUUUUGGGUGGUCAUUUAUGGGAGGUUCGACCGUAGUUUUGAAGGCUUUGACUGUUGGUUUAGUUUUGUAUACCUUUUUGUUUUUUAAUUCUUAGACUAGUCUGGGUCCAGUCUUGAUUGCUGUGAAUUCAUUUGACCAAGUGCAAUCCAAAUCUAGCUUUCAACACAGUCAGAAACUUCAGGAAGUGGUUCAAAGAGUAACAAGGAAGUUGGCAAUCUCAGGUUCUCCUCAGGUUAUUGUGCUAAGGUAUGCAUGCUUUCUUCCUUAGCUAAGAUUUUUUUAAAUAGGAUAAGCAAAGCUUUCCUUCUGGAAAUUUUGCCAAAAAACACUCUAGCUGUUAAUACACUAAAGGUCAGGGCUGUGCAGAAAGCAAAAUGUGGGUUUAAAAGUGUAACAACACACAGUGACUUACUGCUGGGCAUUGACUAAUUUUUGUUUUAGGGGAAAGAGUUUUUGGGAAAGCUUUUGGGAUCAUAGGGUUAGAUGGAAGGAAGUGCAGGUGGAUGGUGGGUCAACUUUACUUGGUUCAGGGGGGGUACAUAUGUCUGUAGUCUGAAUUUCAAAUAUGGAAAUAUGGUCCUCUUGUAUUUUGAGGAGUAAGCCAUGCCCCUGUCGGUAUUUAACCCAUCGUUAUGUUGUUUGUUGCCUUUUCAUCUAGUCUUAUGUCGCUGUUUCAAGGCCAUGUCUCUUGUCGGAAUUUUAUCCUAACAGGGCUUCUUCAGUUUGUAUUUUUCUCUGUCUGCCUUGUCUGAAUUGUGCUCAUUUUGGUGUGGUUUGAAAGAUCUCUUUUCUCUGAACAUGUUUGUUGACAAAGUUGUCCUUGACUGUUGAAACUGAUGUCGUCACUUAGUGAUGCAAGGCACCUUGAUCUUUUUGGGUGGUUAUGGGUGGUUAAGGGGUGAAUGGGUUAACAUUUCAUGACUUAUUAGCCACUUGGGGUUUCAUUGGGGCAGCUUUAGGUAGAGAAGUCUACAGUUGACUCUCUCUUAACAGACACCUAGAGUUGGUCCCUGCCCUUUUUACUCCUGUCGUUUGAUUUGAUUGCGAUAACAUGGACAUUGCCCUUAGACGGACACUUAGUACUGGUCCUAAAGGUGUCUGUUUUAGAGAGAGACGUCGACUGUAUUUUCAAUAGAACUUCCACCAUGUAUUCUAAGAUAAGAUAAACCAAGUGAUGAAAUCAACUCAAACAGCAAAUUUGCACCUCUUCUCCUGCCAGGUUUUCUUUCAGUUGAUAGAGAGCUGAAGUAUUGAUGAUGGCCACAGCAGUGAAAACAUCACUUUUAAAAUGAAUUUUGCAUUUUUUAAAACUUUGUUGUGGUUAUUCCAAUCUGUUGAAAAUGUCAAAUGUAGGCAAAUUCAUUCCCGUGGAGUUGAUUUCUUGGGAACCGCACUCAAGUUUAAAAAGAGAAAGAACAAUUUGUCAUCACUUGUUCACAUCCUCCAAUAAAAUAAAAUGUGAAAUUAGGCAUUUUUACAUCACAGUCAUGCAGGGAUGGUAAAGAAAUGUACAAAAAAGUGUGCUGCACAUGCAACAUUCUUGUUGCUGUUGCCACGGUCAUUGCUAAAUCUCCCUAAUAAAUCAUUGUUUUAAAAAGCAGUGCUUCAUGCUUUAAAGUGCAUUUUUGGAGUUCUUCUCUAAGGUUGGCCUAUAUUUACCUUUAAUUUGUCUUGCUUAAAUGUAUUUUUCAGUGGCAAUGGAGGGAGUGGAAAAACAUUCACAUCACAGGCUCUUGUUCAACAUCUGAUGGAACAAGCUGGAGGAGGUCUGGAGUCUGAUAUCUGCAAGGUUUGUGUACAUUUUUCAGACUACCAGGGAUGUAGCUAAGAAUAAUAUUGGCUGCAGUGGGCUAAUUUCACCAGCUGGCCAAAGGAUGAUAACACCAUCCGGACUGAAUAAAUAUCUAUGCAUCAGGUAGCUCAAUAAUUGGUCUCACUUUACUAAGCUGCUGGAUAGUGCUUUAUCUGGUGGAUAGUGCUAUCCAAUGUUUGAACAACCGGGGCCUAAAAGAGAUGUUAACACGCCAGCUCAAAUUGCUCUGGAAAAUGAAAUAAAGGUAAUUUUGAUGGUGAAGUUGUGUAAAAAUGCCAACUUGAGUUGUUAAAAAGCAUGCUGAGCCUUUCCUUAUAGCUACAUGUACAUCCCUGGACUGCACUUAAAAAUAAAAUAAAUAAAUAAAUAAAUAAAAAUUUGCAGAUAACACAUCCACAUAGUGGUUCUUCGUCUACCUGAUUCCUGGUCGAAUUGGAAUUUGGAAAUGUUGGUUUUUGAGGAGACGGGAAAACCGGAGUACCCGGAGAAAAACCUCUCUGAGCAAGGGAGAGAACCAACAACAAACUCAACCCACAUAUGGCGUCGACGCCGGGAUUUGAACCCGGGCCCCAUUGGUGGGAGGCGAGUGCUCUCACCACUGCACCACCCUUGCUCCCAAACACUUGAGACCAAGACAGAGAUUUUAUGUAAAUUUGUCCAAAAUUUUAAUUUUAGACUUUUUGUUUUCAUAAUGCAUGACCAACUUGUGUCAGAAAAAGUGCAUUGAAGCUUGUACUUUACUGAAGCUUUGGUCAUGUUAUGCAUAUGUUUAGACUUCUCCCAGAUAAGAGUGCACCUACUUGAAUGAUAAUAUGUGACAUAAUGAGUAUUGUGCACAGUAAGAAUGACUUUUACUAAACUAAUUAGGACCCGACCCUCCUUUUCAGUAAUUAGAGAACAAAAAUCUGCUUUUAAGUAUUGUUCUCAUCUCCUGUGUAGCUGUCAGUUGUGUUUAUUUUAUUAUCCUUUCCAGGCUUUAUUUACUUUAACUUUUUCAAUUUGUGGCUUACAUAUCCCAAAUGUAUUAAAUAAUUUUCAAAUGGGUUAACUUUGAUGAAGAAUGCCUUUCGUUUGCUAGUUUUUGAGACAUUAAGUUUUAAUUUUCAGAUGAGCAUUAACUUUCGUCUUUGAAUUUGACAGGUACCUGAAAUCAAUCAUGUUAUCAAAUAAUGUACAGUUAACUGGUUUUUCUUUUCACAGCAUUUUUUGGCCUCCAUCACAGUGAUCCAGUCUUUAGGAAAUGCAAAAACAGCAACAAACUCUGACUCUUCUAGAAUAGUAAGUCUCUUUUGCUAAACAAAUGUUUAAUACUUUUCAGCAGUCAGAGUUGUUUCUUAACAAUGUAAAUAACUUAUUUUUGCUGUGACAGUACUGUGCAAAAGCUGUCAAGAUAAAAGAAAGGAAAAUUUGCAGUAUUCAUUAAACUCCCAAUAAUUGGAACAAUUAAUUGAAUACGUGACCCUGUUGAAAUACAAUGUAGGGAAGUUUAAAUUCAGCUGAGCUGGUGGUGUACAUUCUUUCCAAACAAGUUUGUUUGCACAUUGAAGAACAUUACCUUGUGAAUAGGGCCUAAGUUUAAUUCCUAUCCAAAACACCAAAAUUUUCCCUGCCCAAGCCCUGUAAAUGACGACCACUCUUAAGUGACUUUGACCACUACUGGCCUGACGUCGGUUUUACAGUUUUUCAUUAAUUGUUUUUAACCUUUUGUAAGCGUGGUGUGGUCUCUUUGUUCACUGUAUGCACUACGCCACUCUGUUUAUACAAAGAUCUCUCAGUGGAACAAGAUCUAAAUGUAACUUAAAAAUUAUUGCAUGCAAUAAAAUCUGCCAACAAGUAGAUGUGUCCAGACCACUUCUCUGAAGAGGCCGCCUCUGGUUUAAUUGUCAUAAGUGAUCACUUCCUAUAAUCGACCUCUAAAUCUUUGCCUUUUGGUUGGUCCCUUGCAGGAGGUUUGACGAUAGUGUUAUCCUCUGAUGUGUGGUUCCAGAAAAUAUCCAUACUCCCUAUAAAGGGUACUUUUGCUUUAGACCCCCAUGCCCCUGGAAUUUCCAAAUCAGGGGAUAUGAGUAUUUUCUGGAACUAUGCAAUUAGUGAUGCAUUUUAGGCUCACAAUUAUUGGUUGUAAUAAAUUUUUGUCUUAUUAGGGCAAUUUUUUGGAGCUUCACCUAUCUGAUGGCGUGAUAUCCAGGACGAAAAUUCAGUGCUACCUUCUCGAUUCUGUAAGUUAUCUUCCUUUUGCGAGUGUAAAUUUUAUACAGUCUGCAGAUGGAAAGUUCACUCCUUGAUUAUAAUAUUCAGUUUGAUUACCAUUGAUAUAUAAAUGACAAACACUCAUACUUGCACAUAGCUGAUGUAGGUGGAAGUACUUUGGGUCACAGAGCACCAAAGUAUAUUUAAACCUACCGGGCAACAAAAACGUGCAACUUGUUUUGCAACAUUGCUGCCAAGCGAGUGGAAAAGCGAUGUUGCGCGUUUUACCACCCACGAAUCAAACCUGUCUCGCAACAAAUCAGGUUGUUGCAAGUUGCGUGAAUACUGACUUUUGAUUGGAUAAAAUUUCGCGGGAGACACGCCAUACACGGGAGUUACGUCACUUGUUGCAGAACAAGUUUGCCUUGGGUCGGUAAAACGCGCAACAUGUACAGAUUUUGUUGCAAAAGUAGAACUACUCUCUACUUUCUGCGACUAAUUUUCGCAACGUGUAACAACCUGAUUUGUUGCAAGACAGGUUUAAACGUGACUACGCAAUAUCACUUUUCAACUUGUUUUGCAGCAAUGUUGCAAAACAAGUUGCCGUUUUUGUUGCCCGUUUUAUCGUACCUUUAGAGAGUACUACUACCUGUUUCUGGAGGAGAUUCUAGUCUACCGUAUGGUUGCCCCCUCCCAAGCAUUAUGAAGACAAAGGAAAUGGAGAAUCAUUCUAGGUUAAAAAAUUUUAACCUGAAUUUAAUUUUGACCUGUAGCAUACACACUGCACUCGUCUGGUAUGCUCCUAAAUAAUCAUGAUUAAAGGAAGGCAUUUCUCGGAAUGUGGUGUGUUCUCUGAAGUUUACUUUGUGUUUUUCUCGUGCGGUUGAUGCAUUAGAUAAAUGUUCAGUCCUGAACUUAUCCGCUUUUAUACUCCCCUGGGUGGAGUUAGAGAGUUAAUGCAAUGUAAGGUAUCUUGAUUAAAGAAAAUAUGACACUUGUAAGUAUCCCUGAAGUAUGGUAGAAAUCAGGCCACGAACUACUGAACUUUAGAUCUGAUGUUGAGCAUGCUUGUUACUACAUGCCUGUCCUCCAUGUGUUAUGCAGUAAACUUGUUUUUGAAAUUAUAAGAUUUUUUGCCCUCACCUGCGCAUGCAAAAACAUUAGUAUUCAAAACAGCGACAAUGAAAAUCAUAGCUCUGCCUUAAAAGUUGACAUUAUUAUUUUUUGCAGACAAGAGUUGCCUGUCCAGCUGCUCAAGAGAGAAAUUUUCACAUAUUUUAUCAGUUACUUUAUGGUAUAACUCAAGAGGAAAGAGGUACAGCCAUCAUUAAGUUUAUAAUAAAAAUUCAUACUGUAUUACAGUGAAAACCGGUCAAGAGUACCUUGGAACAAUUAUCUUUGGACUUGAUUCUUUCACUAUUUAAAAACCAAAAUAAAUCUAUAUUUAUAAUAAUUUGGAGAAAUAUAAACAAGUAAAAACCAACGAGGUAAUGUUCUGACGUUUGGGCGACUUCAUGACGCCAUUUUCAAGGAAUUGGAAAUACCGGUAAACACUUGCGAGUUCAAAAAGAACAGUUUCAAUCCGUUUUGUUUAGAAAAAAAGUCUGUCUGGCUCUGCUUUAGUUAUGCAAAUUUAGCGUUGUUUAACUCUUGUUGAACUCGCAUCUAUUUGUUUCCUAUUCCAUUUCGUUAUGGAGUCGCCAGAAAGUUGGAACAAUAUUGUGUUAGCUUUUACAUGUUGAUACAACAAUCUUUGAGUAAAGAAUUGAAUUCUGAAAAGAUUAGUGACUCCUUAAAGCGGAAGAUCGAGGAGUCAGUCUUAAUGAACAAAAUUAAAAUGUAGAAGAAUAAGAAAUCGGAUAUGAAGAGUUUUUAUGGCCCAGGAAAGCCUUUUCGUAGCCUAGAUGCCAGAGACUUUUUAUGCACGGUUUCCAGUUUCGUUUAAAGGGAACCUCCACUCUUACUACAGAAUAAGUUUAAAUCGAAUAAAAUUAUGUUGAUAAACAAAUUUGUUCGAAAUUUGUCUUUAAAAAAGUGUUUAUAUCAGGAAAAGUGAAUUUUAAAAUCGCUUAUUUUCACUUUCAAAUUUCGCGGGCGCCGCCAUCUUGAAAAAUUGUGACGUGUUACGGUUGCUCUAUUGUUCUGACACAAAGAGCUUUUGUUUAAUAACAAUAGGGCAACCAUUACACGUCACAAUUAUUCAAGAAGGCGACGCCCGCAAAAUCUGAAAACAAAAAUAGGCGAAUCUAAAAGUUAUUUCUUUCGGAUACAAACGCUUUCUUUAAAAAUAUUUUAGAUUGACUUGACUCUAACAGUUAUUCCCUGUGAUUUAAAGUUAUCUUUUUGUUGAAGUGGAGGUUCCCUUUAAGUCUUUGUAGUGAACCGCGCGAAAAGCUUUGCCGCUCGCGUCCUCACACCGACGCAUCCUGCCACGCGCGAGGAAAAACAACCUCUGGUACCCAGGGUAGCCUCUGGCUGCUCGAGACUCUGGCUGUUUUUGUCGAGCGCGGGCUUAUUUCCCGAACAGCGGCUUGUAAUUGAGCCCAGCUGCAAAGGCCGACAACAAGAAUAACAUGAACUACGUCCGAGAUUUGAAUGAAAUCCUUAACAUCUCUCUCCAAAACUCUGUGUUCACUUUGAAUAAUAUUUUGUGGGAGUAUGUGGUAAUAAUCUCUCUCAUGAAGGAAAAUACAGGUCAAUAGCGAUAGAGUUUGUUUAUUUCUUGUGGUGUGUUCUCCUUUUGUAGUCAAACUACAUCUUCAAGGAUACAGCGUUCACUCUUUGUCAUACUUGAAUAAAAGUCUCAUUCCUUAUUCUGAAGAUGAGGAAGAAUACAGAGCUAGAUUUGAGAGAUGGAGAGUAAGUUUACUUGAUGCUGAAUAAAUAAGGCAACUCUCUGUGUUUUCCUUAUUUUCGUUUUUAUCUAUUGGUCAUUUCAGUUGUGUGUUCAGUUGCCUAUUGUUCCUUUAUUUACCUUUGUUGCCGUGUUGCACUAAAUUUUUGUGGGUUGUAAUUUUUUUGGUUUUUCCUGCGUUUAGCGAAAAAAAGAAUUAGGCUGGUUUUCACUAGCGAGGGGAGUCGGAGUCGUAAGAGCGCUUAUGACCUAGUGAAAAUCAAAAAUCGGAGUCGUAAGCGGAGUCAUAUGCGCGACGGAAUCGGAGUCAGAAAGAAUCAGAACGUUUCCAUUUCUUCCGACUCCGCUUCCGACUCCAUCGCUUACGUUCCACUUAUGAUCUAGUGAAAACCAGAUUGUCGGAGUCGGAAGCAGAAGCGGAAGGAUAAACCAAUCACAAUGCACGUUCCCACGCUUUGUGAUUGGUUUGGUUCUUCUGCUUCUGCUUCUGCUUCUGCUUCCGACUCCGACAAUCUGGUUUUCACUAGAUCAUAAGCGGAACGUAAGCGACGGAGUCGUAAGUGGAAUCGGGACGAUGUUUUCACUAGAUCAUAAGCUCUACGCCUCUGAUAACGACUCCGACUCCGACGCCGUCGCUCUUGAACCGGUGUCUUUGUAAUGCACGUCUAUCUCAAGGACCACUAGCUGUUAUUGAAUAAUAAGGAUUACCGUAAUUCUGUUUUCCAUAGACAUAGUAUUGUUAAAAAAAGUGUUUAAUUCGAUUGCUUGUACUCUAUUAAAAAGCAAGAACAAACAAACAAAAAUGUUACCAUUUUUUUUGAACGCGACUUUCUGAAAAUCGUAAAAAUCACUGCCGUAUUGAAAAAGCACUGUCCUAAUUGUAAAUGCAAAACAGCGGAAAAAAUCCAAAUUCCGCCAAACGAACCCGGCAAACCGGUCGCGUUUUUUUCUCAUUCUAGGGAUUUCAAUCUGUAUCAACAGGGUUCCACUUUAACAGUGAAAACGUGUGUAAUAAGAGAUUGAAAAAAAUUGAAAGAAUUAUAUUGUUUAAAAAUAACACACAUUACUGCGAAGGUACUGUUUUUCCUCAGGCUGCUUUAGCAACUUUAGGAAUUCCAUUUCUUGAUGUGUUGAGAAUAUUAGUGGCAAUCUUACUACUUGGGAAUGUGGAGUUUGUUGAUGGUGAAGGCUUAGAGCUGGACGUCAAAGGGAACAAUGGUAGGUUGUUAUGGCAAUGAUGAGCAAAACAAACCGUUAGAUAGUAUGAACAGUGUUUCUAAGUUAGCGAUCAUUUAGCGAUCUAAGUUAGCGAUCACCUUCCAAAUUAAAUGACCACCAUAUCAAGGGAAUGUCUUCAGGCUUUUAAUUGUUCUCUUUGUUGAGCAAUCACUUUUUCAGUUUGACAUUUACAGUGUAUAACUUUUUUUAUUCUAUGUAUGGCUAAAACUUUUACUUUUUCAUUUUGCUAUUAAAUAUAUCAAUUUUCUUUCUUGUAAUAUAUUCCAAAAUUUCUUCUCAGUGUUUCACGUGAGGCAAGAAUUAGCCGAAAGGCAAGCUCUCCAUUUGAUGGAUGUCGUGAAAAGUCAUGCGCGAGCGGCACAGGAAAGGUAGCUUGCGUAGCUGGCGGUUUUUUGGUGUGUUUUUCUCGAGAGACACCCGCGCGCGGGGUCAAACGAGAACACGCGCGAGGUCAAUUGUUCAGGGGGUUCUUUUUCGCCCUCGGUUCAGCUUUCGCGCGACUUACUUUACGAACCGCUUUUAAUACGAACCCUGACGAACCACAACUCAAAAACACAUCAAGAAACCGCCAGCUACGCAGGCUACACGAAAGGAUACGCGAGAGCGCGAAGCUUUGACGUCCGCUUGUGCGUUCUCUCGCGACUCGCGUGAAGAGCUCUCUCUCAAGGGUAGCCAAGACAUGUGUUAAGACCCGUUAACCUAGCUGUUGGUAAUCCGCCCGUUUUUAUAUUUGUAACUAUUCGUUGGUUUCUUUUGAUUAUAGAGAUUAAAGCAGUUGCUGCUUUGCUUGGUGUAUCUGGCGUUUCAUUGUUCAGAGGCCUGUCAACAAAGACCAAGAAUGUUAGAGGGCAGAUUCUUAGGUCACUGUGUGAUGCAGCAACCGUAAGUACAAUAUUUCUUUUGUUACAGUUUUUGCAGAUGGUGUACUAGCCAGCGUGGUAGGCGCAAGAAAGAUGAGGGGGAGGGGUGGGGGAGAAAAGCGCUAAAAGAAAAAGGGAGAGGGUCACUUUCCUUCUCUACCCAACCCUAUGCUUUGAUAGACUGCGCUCGCAAAAGUAGCAUAAUAGACCUCUUAAGCUUGUAUGUUUUGUUUUCCCAAAAGAGGUCCCAGUGGAACUUGGCCCUUUGUCUUUUCAUAAAUUAUGCGUAGAUAUGCACGUGAAUUAGAUGAAAUUUGAAAGGAACAGUUCUCUAGAGUAUUAUCACAUGACUUGUAUUGGAAAAACAAAACUUACAAGCUAAAGAGGUCUGUUAUGCUUGUUUUUGUAAAUUAUACUGAUUUUAGCAAAAAAUGCAGAACUUAUGCUUUUACUUGGUACGGACAUCUAAAUAACUACAUGUAUGCAACACACAAGUAAAUGGCAAACAGAUUUACCCUAUUUGCAACUAGUAACUUUACUAGUGCAUGAUUCAUUAUAAAUGCCUUGACUUUUAUCACUGUAUGCACUCGCUGUUGCAGGCGCCAUCUUGGGUAACCCGAGCAAGUUAUGCGCAUGUGUAAGUCCUGUGGAAAGAGUCCUUGCUCACUUCCAGUGGUAACCCGGUGCCAUUAAUGUAUCAAUAAGCAGACAAAAAAAAUGAUUUUGUUGCUAAGGGUAAACUUGCCUGAAACACUGAUCACGGGCCAAAAAAAUUAGUUGUAUGGUCAAUAAAUGCGGACAAUUUUGUGCGGCGAAACUACUCAGUUAAAAGUGCAAAUUAUGCUAGCAGUGCUUUUUUUGGAAAAUGGACGAAACUUUUGCUCGUAACGAUGAAUUAUUGGAAAAAAAAAAUGGUAGCAAUCUAUCUAAGCCUACCCAAUCCCCUCUCCCCUUUUCCUCCCCUACCUCCCCUUCCUUUCGACACCUGCGACGGAGGCCAAUGGUACGCAUAGAAAAAAAUCGCUUUCAUGAAUAGAAAUGCUUGUGGUUGAAAUAUAAGUUGAAACCAUCGCCAGUUAGUGACACGAAUCGGUAGUUUACAUCGUGCCCUACACUUUUUUGGGGAAAAAACCGAAAACCAAUAUCAGUAAACUGAAAACCUGUCAUUUUAAUUUAAAUUUUAAUAAGUUUAAUUUCUGAGGUAUGUUGGUCACGUAUUGCUGUGAAGAUAUAUCCUGUUGAUUGAAUUUGUGUAAAUAAACUGCGUGUUAGUUUUUUGUCCAUUUUUGUAUUAUUAGCUGUAAAGUUAUACCCUGAAUGAUUGCAGUCAUUCACACUCCUAUAGGUUUAUACAAAUGUUAAGUAUAGUUUCAGAGUUAUAUUUGUCACGUUUCGUUGUAAUUCAUUAUCAGGUUAGACUGCUGGUCGGAUUUAUAUGUUGCGUGUGACGCCUAUCUUUCGUCAAUUUCUGAUUUGCUUAACUCUCAGAUAAUACAAUGUUUCGCUGCAGCGAAAUAAAUAUAUAUUUUGGCGCAUAAUUAGAGAGAUUUAGAAUCAGCUGUACGGCUAACAGAAGACGUCACACGACAAGUAUCGGGAAAACUUGGUUACGUGGUACAAAAUCUCUCUCAUAAUGGGAAGGAAGUUACAACUGUUAGAGAAGUGACAUCACUUAGUUAUCAGUCAAAAGGAAGGAAACUACGUCGCUUUCCUUAUUCUUAUCAGUUCUGUCUUUCAUUCGCUAUUAUAUUUUCUCGUCACUUGUCCUAUGACACAAACUUACCAUGAAACGUACAUAAGAUUUAAAUUUCCAUCGAUAGCUAACCUGGAAGUGAUGAAUGAAAUCGACCGGAAAGGGAAAAAGUUGUUUGUUUUGUAAAUGGUUAAAUUUUCGUUGUGUUCCCAAACUCUUCGACCCCCGUUCAAAUUAGUGGAUGAAUUUACAAGAUGUUAACUCUUUAUUUGAAAGUUUUAAAAUCUUACAAGCUCAUUCUUCUUCUGCUAUUACUAGUUAAAUCGCGAUUUUGAAACAUUUUUUUGUCGCGUUGGUAAAUCUGACAUGCGUUUUUAUUAUGUUUUAUUAACAUCGGUUUCUAAAAAGAGGGUGUGAAUAAAACUAAGCGUAUGUACACCUGAGAGUUACAGUAACCUAGUGCGAUUUACAGAACAGCCUUUUGAGGGUAUCAAUCGCUGCUUGCCUUACUUCCCUAAUCUUCCAGCAAUAAAGUAUCGGGUUCAAGGAAGAGUUUAAGUAAACUGGAAUACCUGUAACCUGCCAGGAGAGGUAGAGUGAACUAGAGAACCCUUUUUGAAGUAUCAAUGCUACUACUAUACUGUACGGCAAAUAACAAACAACUAAUGCUACUUGUAACCACAAUGCGCUAGACACUGCCUUUCUGUAUCGAACAAUGUUUAGUGGAGUUGGACGCGUCGGUUGUCCUUGGAAAGCGUUAUUUUGAAUAACAUGUUGGCGGUGACGUAAGGUGUAGAAAAUCUUCGUGUAGGAGAAAAUUGUGAUGGCUAAACAUACAGAUAAACCAAUGUAGAAAAACCAGGAAAGUACUCGAAGAUUCCAAAAGUUGCUUGAUGUGGAGAAGAUGGAGAAAACCCACAUUGCGGUUACGGCUAUAUAUGCUCUCCUUGAUGUUACAAUAUGUCUGUAUCUAAGCCCCAAUAACAGGGCGAGAAGUCUGUCCACACUUAUUGCAGUCAGUGUGAAAAAAGACGCUGUGCACAAAAUAGCGGCUGUGGCAAAAUUCAUCAAAUGAGCGUAGUAGCAAACAUCCCAUCUUUCGUUCACCACGGACAUCAAGUAAACGACGGCCAAGGGCUCUGCAGAGAUGCCAACGCACAGAUCGGUUGUCGCUAAGCUACGAAACAGGACUUUGGAUGAAGGAUGAAGUGAAGUUUCCUUUUUUAGGGCAACAAGGAUCAGAGUGUUUCCCAGAAAAGCGGUGAUGGAUAGGAAAAUGUUAAGCGCCGAAACAAAAAUUAGCUCGUUCGGAAAUUUUGCAGUGAUUUCCGGGGAGCAAAACAAUUCUCUGAAUGUUUUCUGAUUUUCGUGUUCGGUAAAAUUUGCCACCUCCAUUUCUCUGCAAUGCAAGUACGUACGAAUGGAGUGUGUUGUUCUUAACGUUUCUUUUGACAAUGACCGUUAAUGAGUGUAUAUUACUUUUUUCCUUUUUUCCACUUUAUUGUUCUGCUGUUUGUAAUUAGUAUUUGAGGACACUACUUAGUGUAGAUAAUGGCACGGCCUAAUGGAUUUUACAAAUAAUUGUGGUCUGAUGUAACGCAUCCAAAAAACACGGAAAAACACCACCAAUGUCAAGAGUGAUCGCACGAAUCUUUGGGAAAGAAAAGUGGAUAUUACCACGAGCGAAAUCACUCCCCAGGGGGCUGUAUUUAUUCUGUAUCAAACCAACUGCUUUCCUGGCAAAUAUUUAAAAAAAAUUUGUUUGAAAAAUGAUAUCAGAGACCAUAAUUUGGUGCAAUAUAUUAGUCCUUCAAAACACCUGCCAGGUUUCUUCGUGAAUUACCGUAUCCGCAGAUUAAGGGAGUGAAAAGAUAGCUUAAUCCCUCCACGACUCCCUUGAGCGUAACAUUGGGAGACUUGAUUGAUGUGCUGUAAUUUUUACCACUGUUACUAAAUAGUUUUGUAAAAAUUGUUUGUUUUUUGUUUCGUUAAUUUCAGUUUUUUGUUUUGUCGGUAAAAUAGUCAAAAUCUUCAACGAUGAAAAUAGCGCUGGAGUCAUUAGUAUAUCACACAGUUAAUUGGGAGAGUGACAACCAAACACCUGUUAGUUGAUUAAACGAAUGAUUUCAGAGCUACAUUUGUCACGUAUCGCUGUGAAUAUAGGUUUUCAUUUUGGAUUCGUGUAAAAAAGUGUGAAUAUUAUCAAUUUUUCUCACGGAAGGUUAUUUCUUACUUAAAUGCCAAGUGAUGCACUUGGCAAAGCAAAUUAAAUGAAAAGAGAUCCCUCGAAAAUUGAAAUGUCAGUGAGGAAAAAUGUGGGAAAGCUUUUUUCCCUUUUUGCAUUUGACUGACACGGAAUGGCCAAUUCAUCUAUAUGAAUGAAGUCAUAGUUGAGGUUUUUAACUGACUCGCCUCGUGAGUAAUAUAUGAAUUUCAUUUUAUAGACAUGUAACUAAUGAUGUAUGGAAAAAAAAAAGAAAAAAAACAACAGCAAACGCUGACAACUUUAUUUAGUCUUCUAGUUUUAUUGUCUAAACAUGAAAAUAUAUAUCUCAGGCCUAUCUUCUCUGGUAAAAAGAUCACCACUGCUUUUGCUCUGCCGCAAAUGGCUAGUCCUUCCCAUGGCUCGGAUGAGCACGUAGAAAUGGUAGUAUCGUCUCCACGAGGAGACGUAACCGUAGACGUAUUCUUGGAGUGCGUUUUUUAUGCCAUAUCGGAACUAUACGAUACAAGGCUGGACCUUUUGCCGGAUGAAUCAGAUUUUCCAUGAACGUGAACUACAGUAAAACGUACGCUAUGAGCAAAGAUAUUUCAGGCUUCGAACUGACGUUACCGUGACUGCGCUUUUCAAAAACACGCGAAUUAUGAAAUUCAAAAGCCAACUGACGAUUACGUAUUUCGCUGCCGUCAAUCAUCUAAGCGGACCUCUUAGAAAACAAAACUUUACUUCAACGGGUUGAAAAGGUCAUGUAUGGGAUUUUCCAUUGGUGGAUUUCGACCCGAUUUGGGUGUUUCUGUGUUUCAAGUUUCGUUGCUUGUGAUCGUAAUUAUGAUUGACGGCAGCGAAAAACGCAAUUGUGAAGGCGGCUUUUGAACUUUAGAGUUCGCAUGUUUGUGAAAAGCGCAGUAAUACAUUUCCAUUUUUCAACUGAGUAAAGUUUAUUGCUACUGUAUUUGAAGUUGACAUGUCCAAAUAGAUUACGCAGUUCCAUUUUCCAAUAAAGUUUAUUGCUACUGUGUAAAAGUUGGCUUGUUCAGAUAGAUUAUGUUUUCAGUAAUUUGUAGGUUUUGUUCAAUUAGGAUAAUUUUAAACAUCGAAAGAUUGGCGACAUAACUAUUCCUCCAACUAUAAGCUCAUGGGAUUUUGAAAGGCUAUUUUCCCUCCCAUAAUGAGCCAAGCCCACUCCAUAAAAGAGCCCUUGAUAGAUUAAGAUAGAAGUCCUGGGUUUAUUUGUGAAGGCGCACAGUACUUCUUGCAAAAUUCAUAGCCUUCUCAUUUUGUAUUUGAAGCACUCAAACAUACUCCGAAGUGAAAGUGGAAAUCUUUUUUUCGACUUGUGUCGGUUAGCAUUAGAUCUCAAUUGGUCUAUAACCUCGUCGGACACGACGUUUACACAAUGCGGUAUUCCUCGUCCUCUAAGCACAGGGGAAACCCGUUUAGCUAGUGGGAAGAGUGGUGAGAAAAUAGAGCUGCGAUUAGGCUGUAGAAAUUAAGAGCCUGAUACUAAUGUACAAGGUUUACAGUUGAGCACUGGUUAGGACUGGUUAGCUUUCAUUCUCUGGGCAACCCCUUGUACAAAUACCAUGCAAAUUACAGCUCACUGUAGUUAUUUCUAAUUCAGUUGAGCGCGAUGGAUAUGUAGUAUGUACUCUGUAGCUUAAGUUCUUCCCUCUCAGUUUUCCUUUGAAACUUGAACAUUUACUGAAACAUGAAUAAUCACUCAAAACAGUGAGAAAACGGUAUAAAUAACACUGCAAAUAUAAAAUUCGACACGGAUCGACAAACUUGAAGAAGAUUAAAUCGGAUCAAAAUUGUGGGUUUUUGAAAACUUGUUAGCCUAACAGUUUUAAAAGUUCAUUUUUGUUGUUUGUAACGUUUGAUAUAACGCUUGGCAAGUAUAUUUGUUGGACAAGAAGCUGUGGUUUUGUCGUUUGCAAGUUGUUUCUUUGUUAAUGCUAAAUUCCUUAACGCUUAAGGAAGUGUAAUUGGCAAUGUUAACAAAGUGAACUAGACAACCGUGUCACAGCCCUUUAUUAAUUGAGGAGCAUGGAUUUACAACGGUUUCGCUACUUGUCAAAUUCGCUACCUACAUUAACAUAUUUGUCUCGCUGGCUAUUGGCAAAGUCCAAAACUUGUACCCUCGGAGCGGCAAGCUUGAAAGAACUAGAAAUAUAUUAAAAGUUUUUUUUUCGAGAGCAAUCAAGGGAAUAUUUUCAGCGGUUUAAAAAGAAAGUAAUAUGUAGCGAAAUUGUUGCGAACUAGGGCGUAGCGAAUACUACCAGUAGCGAAACCGGUUGUUACCAGCAGCAAGGAUUAUUACAGUCGGCUAGUUCACAGCUUUCUGUGCGGGAGGUUUUAAGCAAGCUCGAUUCCCGGAUGCGACCUCAAAUUCUUGUUUUGACUUUUUUCCUUUCCUCGAUGUUGCUUUCAGUAGUUUUAACUACCCGCUACUUUCUGUGUAGGCCAAAUUGUACAUUCUGGUGUCUCAAGUUUAACGCUUUUUGGAUCGACAAGCUUAUACUCAAUCUUCCUCUUACCAACAGGCAAAUUCAAACAGAGAUGCUCUUGCCAAAGCACUUUACUGUAGGACUGUCGCUGCUGUUGUGCGUCGAGGCAACAGUUACAAAAGACCUACUAGCAUGUUAUCAUCCCCCCAUGGAUCGUAUGAAUCACUAAGAGCUUCAUCUCCAGGCUCCGGCACCGGAUCUCUUGGGAGAAGCCCUGUAAAUUCCACCAAUGGUUUGCUUAUGACACCUGGGACAGGUAAUCAAAAAAUAUUUUUACAAUAACUGAGCGAUUUCUCGCGCGCUGAUUGUUCGAGAGCUAUGUUCGGGAAGAGAACCGACCAUGGAAAUGCGUGAUGAUGGUGCGAUUUGUUUUUCUCUUUCUCGCUCGCGCGACUUUCUGAGUCUGUACUAUUAUCGACCGUAGAAAUGACGCAAAAUGUUCAAAACUUUGCAGUGAAACCACGAGCCGCAGGCGAGUGGUUCCACCUGUGUUUUGAACAUUUUGACGUCAUUUCUAUGGUCGAUAAGAGUACAGACCAUGGAGAAAUUGUUGUCGAAUCGAUUUGUUACCUUGAAUUGAACUUUUACAGUUAUCAAAUUUUCUGAGCAAUCUGUUCCCGGUUGUUCAAACGUUGCCGAUAGUGCUAUCCAACGGAUAAAUGACUAUCCAGCUGUUAAGUAUAAUGUAAACCAAUUGUGGUAUCUACUGGAUUGAGAUUUACCCACCAGGGUGCAAAGAAAGUCAGUUUUACAGCUUGCCAUUCGGGCAAGUUGUAGCUAGGUUGAACUAUCCCGAAAUUCAUUUCAACCAGCCCGUAAAAAAUUUGAUGAGCAGGAUUGAUUACAGUUCUUCUGUUAUUCGAAUUCCUAAAAAAAUAUCACUUGCCCAUCGGGCAAGUUAAAAACGGAAUUCCCUAACCCAAUAGCAAAAUCCACUAGCCCCGGGCUAUCGGACACUACUUUCUUUGCACGCUGCCCACUGAGUAGCGUUAUACACCUUUCGAGCAACUGGGCUCUACAUUGCUUUCUCUACAAACCUUUACCCUAUAAGGACCAAUUUAUAGUUUGUAUUCAAAUCUGUCGUUUUCCAUCCAAUUUAUUUUUACCCAAGAUCCUAUUACAAUUAGCCUAUUAAAAAUCGAGUCAGAGUUACCGGAGCAGGCUCCGGUUGUUUAAAAGGUAGAUAACGCUAUCUACUGGAUAAAUAUCUAUCCAGCCUACAGUGCAAUUUGUUUUCCCUGAUACUUAAUUGUCCAUUGGAUAGUGAUGUAUCCGUUGGGUAGCGCUAUUCAGGUUUUGAACAACUGGGAGUGGAGCCCUGUUUACUCCCCUUAAUCAGAUUCAGGUUGAAAGGCAUGCACACCCUAAAACCAAGGAAAAGAAUCUUUCAGCCUUAAGAAAUGAGAUCGUUAUAAGGCUGCAGAGGACUAUUCAUUUUGUGUUCUCCAUUGGUUAUUUUUUUGUGUUAUUUCUGUCAGUUUCGACUCCAUCUUCUCCAGGGCUGGAUGGUAGCUUCCAGUUCACAAGAGGAGCGUCUGGUCUUAUUGGCGUAAUAGAUGUGUUUGGCUUUGAAAACAGUCAGGUAUGCCGGCCGUUGUAACGUUGUAGUGUGUAGUAUUCAUGGAGGUUAAAUUUCCUCGGUCGAUGGUAACUCAAUCCGACGUGAUCCAAAUUUUAAUGUUAUGCACUAAGUUAAACAAAAGGCUAGGGCCACUAUUAAAGAUGAGGCGGGUAUGAUAGCCAUUCAAAUAUUAUCCUUCAUUAACAAAAUUCGUCUUUUUUGUGGCGGUUUAGCUUGGUAGUUAGCUGUUGAAGGAGAUUAAAAAGAGAAAUUACCGGAUUCGAUUUUGGGUAGUGAACUUCUUUUUGACCUUUUGAGCAGAGAAAGUUUGAAAAUUGACUAUUAGUGCUUUAGAAAUGGCAUCGACCGUUUGGGAAAUUUUUUGCGAAGGCUUUAUUUUCUGCUUGUGUUUAUAACCCAUCAAUCCUAUCUGGAACAUUGGUUGCGUCUGAUUAUAUGGGUACUUUAUACUAGAUUCAUAAAUGCUGCUUUUAACAGCAAAGGUCGUUAACGUCCUUUUGGGAAAAAAUUUGGUAGUUUUUAGCUCGGUAAAGAAACAAGAAUGGUGAGCUUUCCAUCCGACAAUGAACAAAUCUGAGAUCAGGACAGGAUAUUUUUGCCCAGUUUAAAAUCACCUACGAUUUAAAUAUGAUAGCUGGGAAUUUGUUUUAAAAUCCAUUUUCACUUGUUCGGAACAGUUUAUUGAAUACUAUGCAUGUUUGUCGAAAAAAGGGAAAGAUUUUUAACAACAAUAUUCAGUGAUAAAUAGAUUGCUUUUUGUUUGUCGGUUUAGUUUACCCCGUAAUGCGCGUGUUUCCUGUUGUCUUGAUACAGGUUAAUUUGCUGGAGCAGAUCUGUGUCAACUUAUGUUCCGAAACACUUCAGCAUUUUUACAACACUCACGUUUUUAAAAGCACAGAUGAGUUUACUAGGUAAGCAAUAACUCAGCUGACCGCUUACUUGAGAAAAGGCGAGGAGGGAACUGGGCCGAGUUAAAUUCGCAAAGACUUCUGGGACUGUUUCUAGGGCGGGAAAAAAAUUGGCCAAUAGCCGACCGUCGCGUCCCCAGUAGCGAUCCCAGAAACAUUAGCGGGACAUAUUUCCGCUCCAGUUCCCUUCUCAUUCUCAAGUUGCGAACGCAAGACCAACGAAAUCGGCGCCAAAUGUGCUUAGGACACUCAACUGACAAUUGCUUUAAUUGCGAAGUAGUUUGGAUGGUGUCCGUAAGUUUCCGUCGUGACUGCUAACUGUUUUUCUCUUUAUUCUGCAGAGAUGAAGAUGUGCUUUCAGAUCUUGGCGUGGAUUAUUAUGAUAAUGCUCCAUGUAUUGAGUUGCUCACCUGCCAGGUAAGUCUGAAGGUAGCCAAGAGGGUUUUUGCAUGAAGGGUCGUUGUCUAUUUAUAGGGGACUAAUGAUGUAAACCAGUAGAAAGGGGACACUUUUAUGCAAUUCAUUAUCCAGACCAGUUCAAAUAUUCUGUCUCCUGUGUGAGUACUUGAUGGGCAUGCGACAUGGGUUGCGCUGUGCGUAUUUAAAUCUUCUGCGCUACGCAAAUAGCCUCUUAGUGUGCCUCGUUCCAAGACGUCUCUCUCUUGAUGUAAGUUUGCGCGCAAAGGAAGGCGGGAAGGAAAAAAGGCUUCGCUUCUCCUCUCUCUCUUUCCCAUGGUCCCUUGCGUUUCGUCACCAGUCACUCGCAUAUCGCGCUCGCCUAUGUUCGGGACCAAAGUGCGAAAAAACAAGAAGCGCCUAAGAAGGAGCAGGAGACAGACUACUUAGUCAUAACACCAGUAGUCGAGAUUCUUUUUAAACAUUAUCGUUAUUACCGCAUUUCAUCCCCAAGCAAUUCUAAUCUUUCAAUUCCUUUUUUCGUUUUUAAGCGUGCUGGAGUUCUCACAAUGUUGGACAAAGAAAGUUUAUUUGCUAGGUGCGUAAAACUGGACUACAUAGAACCGCUGUGCCUCGAAAUGGUUAUCGUAAGGUCCAAUAGUUCGAACCUUGUAUAGUAAAAAGACCCAGUCUUUGAACUGCUAUGGUCCAUGUUCGAAGCAAAGCUGACUUUUCUUAAACCCCCGAUAAUUUCUUUUUCCCAGAGGUUCAGCAAAAAGUCGGGAUACAACUGAUAUUUGAAAUAAUAUUGAAAUUGUGUCAAAGCAUUAUGUAGUGGUUAAUUGAGCUUGAAAUACCGGUAACUAAAAUAUAAGCUUUUGGGUGCUUGUUGUUGUUUGAUAGCUGGAGGUAGUUGUCAAUUUAUCGUUGAUAAAAUGUGUUGUAGGGGAAGCUAUCAGAAUUUCUUACAAAGGGUGAAAGAACAGCACAAAGACAGUGAGUGGUGAGUGGAAUCUACGUUUUUGUCCUGAUCGUGUUUCUGUUGGUAGUUUAAGUAAACGAUUGUGAUUUUUACAUAUGCACUUACUGAAGCGUGUUUAUUCCCAGACCCAUAUUGCUACAGUCAAACCUGUUUUGAGCGGACCUGCAUAUUAAACGGUCACUUACUUUAGUCUCGAAGAUCAUUUUCCUUAGUUACUGUAAAACUGACCUGUAGUAAGCGGUCACCUGCGGGCUAUCCACUCAAGGGUGACCGCUUUAUGCAGGUUGACCGUAAAACAACCUCGUUCCCAGGGAGGGCGGGUGGGAGAGAACCCUGGGAACGAGGUUGACGGUAAAAUAGACGAUGUAUAUGUAUUCUCAUACCAAAGUCCUUCAUUUCUUUAUUGCAGUUUCUUCGAUCCUGAUCCCGAGAGUUCAUGCUUUGGAGUGUCGCACUAUGGUGGAAAUGUAAGUGAAAACGCCUCCGACUCAACCUCGUUCCCAGGAUUCUCGUACCCCACGAGUAGAUGAGAACCCCGGGAACAAAGUUUGCCACUGGCUCUUCCUUUUAACGUGGAAGCGCGAUAAAGAAAGCACUCUUCAUCAUUCAAAUAAUUAUGCAUGUAUUCUUCUUUUUUUAGGUUAUUUAUGACGCCAGCUCUCUGCUGCACAUUAAUCGCGACACUAUUCCAGACGACAUAAUUUGUGUUUUCUCGCGGCAGGUAAAAAGAAUCCUUGGUUUCCUGUGGGAGCGGUUUUUGAAAAGUUGGUUAUGUAGCACGGAAAAGGCACUUGAAAAAAAAAAAAAUCUACCUAUCAUUCCUUGAUUGUGUCCUUGGAUUGCUUUUACUUUUUUAAUGGAACUAAUGUCUUGAAAUAAACUUUUCCCUUCCAUUGUGUUAGUUCAGAAGAUACCAUGAAAUGUUGUUUUUGACUCAUAUAUUGUUUGCUUGUUUUGUUUUUUUUAGAACUGCAAUUUUGGGUUUGCAACACAUCUGUUUACCAAUGAUCUAAAACCGCAGCAAGGACAGACAACAGCUCCUAAGGGGGUACUACACAGAAUAUCACCCACCCCUGCUCAGGAACCACAGAGGUGAGUAGAGCAGGGUGUCGGACAGUCGGACAAACACAGCUCCUGAUCUUUUACCACUUUUCUGUUCCCGUCUUGUCCAUUUUUUCGAAGAAAAGUGGUUAACUUCCCUUGAAUAAAUCGCAUUCAUCUUAACUUCUGUUGUUUAAUACAUUGAUGAGUCUUCGGAUUUCACACACUCCGUAAUUCCCCAUACCAUAAUUCAGGGAGAGUGAAUUUUCGGGAUCAUGUUGAUGGAGCAUGGAUUAGUUAUGUUUAAGCAAUAGAGGGCAGAAAAGGUACGAUAAAUAAAAACACUUACUAAUUUUAACCUUAGAACUAAUAUAAAUCAAAAAGUAAGGAUUAUAACCGAAAGGGGGACAAUUCUUCAUUGUGUAUACUUUUAUGGCGGCAAUAGAAAGGAUGUCAAAAUGUUUAAAUCUCAAGUUGAAAGUCCUAUGCAAAACGUGCCGCACUCUCUCUUAACGGACACCCCGCUAAUACUUGGGCUGACAAGGGCCUGUUUAUAUGUGGUGAGACAGCCCCGUCAGACGGGCUGGCCCACCCUACCGCAAGUAAUGCCUCUUUCCUUUUAGCAAUAUCUCGUUUCGUUUGUAUGAAAAGGCGCGAGUUGGCUGGUUUGUCGAGAUCUCGGCAAGCCGGGUUGAAUAUAUAUUAUAUUUGGUCGAUAGUAUUCAAGGCAACCAUAAUAGCCAAAUAUAUUGUCUACUUCAAUUGUUUAAUACAUUGAUGAGUCUUCGGAUUUCACACACUCCGUAAUUUCCCAUACCAUAAUUCAGGGAGAAUGGAUUUUCGGGAUCGUUUAGAUUUUUCAUGUAUGUAAAUAGCUUUGUCUCUUUUUUUUUCUCGAAGAUAUUAGCCUUUCGGGUUACUCUGAAAUUCGAGUAUAAAUAAAGUUUAUGUUAUGUUAUGUUAUGUACAUUCGUUAGUUAUGUUUGGUCGAUGGUAUCCAAGGCAACCAUAAUAGUCAAUUAUAUUGCCCACCCAAACGAUCCCUGAAAUCCUUUCGCCGAAAGCUUGUACUCACUGCGGCUGUCUGAAGUAUGUGGAGUGACGAGCUUAUCGAAGAAAUUGUACGCCAGUCAUUGAUGCAGUUUUUCAUUUAUUUGCUUGCAGUGGAGGCUCUAUGGAUGUACCUCUUCGCACCUUCUCUCAGGGAUUUCAGGUAGCUUUGUCUGCCCAUUGGUUAACCGUUGCCAUUUAUUUUGUUGUAGAUCGUUGAAUAUUUCUCCAUUUAUUUCCAGGAAAAAGUCGACGUCUUACUGAAAACUCUGGUUCAAGCUCAGCCGACAUUUGUCAGAUGCAUCAAGGUAAAAUCUGCUUACCAUCUUUCACGCUGUGAUUUUCGUACCGUAAAACUUCAUCAAUCGCGUGUUCUUUCCAUUUUGUGGAAUAGAUCAACACCCGGGAAGAACCUCAUUUCUUUGACCGAGGAAUCGUAAGUCAGCAGAUUCGAGUAUUACAGAUUUUUGAAACGCUUCAACUACUCCAAUCAAGUAAGUUACUCAUGCAAUUAUACACUCGAACCUUCACUAACGGCCACCUCUGUACAACGGCCAUACAUUUACUCUUAUUUAUACCUCUCUAAAACGGCAGCGGCCACUAAAGCGUGUCCCCAACUUGCCAAAAUAACCUCUCGAUAAAGGCCAGUUUUUUCAGCGACUGGUGAAAAAUCAAGAAUGGUCAUAAAAUUUGAUACGUAUGGCGCGUUGGUGAUCAAUCGCGGCGCAAUAUUACAUUGAUUGUGUUCCAUUUAUGCUACUGCAGUAAGCAUAAAUUGUCUACGAUACUUAUAGCGAAUUGAUUCAAAUAAUAAUACAAGCUUUUUGUGUAUUUUAUCUAACCGCCUCCCGGUUAGCUCAGUUGGAAGAGCGCCGGUCUGCUGAGCGGGAGGUCGUGAGUUCAAACCCCGGUCGGACCAUCAACCAAGUUCUUUAAAAAACUGGUGAGAUCAUGCUAGCUGUGAAACCCUUUCUCAGUUCAGAUGAUCGCGUCAUUGGGCGGUGAUGUUAAGCUGUUGGCUUUGUCUCUUUCAUCCUUGUACUCUAGUUGGAAGGGGACGUAAAAGAACCCGUGACAUUGUUCGAAAAGACUAGGGGACGUAGGCCCCGAUUUCAUGGUCUAUCUGACUUGUGCCGUCAUCGGUCUGGGUGGGCGAGGUGUGAUCAAAACAUGGACUGAAGUGGCUGCAAGAGUGCGCCUUUACAUGCUGACGUCCUAUCUCACCUCUGUUUCCUCCGCAAUUCAGCCAUUGGCUGCAAGUGAGGAAAGCUGGCACCGUUUUUCUGCCAUUAUUUAUGGUCGGAUUACCAUUAUGGGAUACAAUAAGCAUGAACUUAGCACAAUAAACUUGUUGUACUCCCUUAAACUUUUGUCAAGUUACCACCCUACCUCCCGAUAACGGCCACGUCUCCACAUUGGCCACUUUCUUCUGUCCCCAAGUUGGCCGUUGUUUAGAGGUUCGACUGUAUUGAAGUCGAAACAUCUCAUUUUUCCCAAAAGAAAAAAGACAGCAAAAAAGCCACAUCCGCCACGAUUUUGUACUCAUUUGCUCUGUCGUGUUCCAGGUCUUGCUCAUCGCACUCGGUUUCAAGCAUUCGCCAAGAAAUACAGCUUUUUAUCACCACGUAAAGUGCGCAGUAAGGAAGAGCCGGGGUACGAGCACUGCAAAGUUAUCUUGGAGACUGUUAUGAGAAAGGUUGACAGAUCGAAGGGAGACGCCAUGAUGGGAUCAUGGACACUGGGAAAGACUUAUGUGUUCUACAGGUAAUGACCUACAAUUAUUCGACCUAGUAUGGUUCUACCCUGUUCCAGGCUCUCAGAUAGUUGAGGAGACGCAAAAGUGAUACCCGGUUAUGUCGGAGCCUGGAACAGGCUAGUAUAGUUUCGUCUCUUCUUCCUGUUUUAGAAAUGGGUACGGUUCUUAACUAAGAAAGGAUGGGUGCGGUACUGAGAUGGUGAAUAUCACGGUGAUGCGUGCUCAGAGUUCCCAACUCAUUCCUUGCUGGCGGACUUGAGAUAAACUUGCGAUAUCCCAUACAGAGAGGGAGGGGAAGGAUGACUAGUAUUACUCGUAAUUGCUUAAUGCUACCCAACCCGGGCAAAGUAUCAUUUUUGCUUACCCUCGCCUGUUUACCCAUCAUAGUGAAGUUGUCAAGCAAGAGUUAGAGCGUAUUCUUGAAGUCUGCCAACUGACAGCUGCUGUUACCAUCCAGAGCUGGGUUAGAAGGUGGAUAUGCCGUAAGAGAUGGCCCAAUCUCAAACGUUCGCUGGAAAUGCAGAAAAAGGGACGACACGGCAGUCGAGUGCAUCACAAGUGAGUAGUAAAGACAUUUUUGCUGAAACCUCUGACGGUAAAAACCUCGCUAUUUAACUCGCAGGCAUCCCAGACCUCCUAUAUUUCCUGUUUAUCCUAUAAUUUGUAUAGGAUCCUGUAAAGAGCAAACAUUUUAAGAAAUCCUCUUAUAUUUCCUACAAAUGGGACAUAUUCUGAUAUCUGCAUUUUGCACUGUGAAACAGUUUUGUUGUGAAUAACCAAAAUCAAAAUUCUUUAUCAGUAAAAAUAGUAUUUCUUUUCUAAUUCUUCUUAUUUGGUGAAGCUGAUGAAAAAUUAAAGAAAAAUAUAGUAUAUGUACAUUCGUAUGGUAUGUGCUUCUUCGUCUGCCAUUGAUGGGUUGUUGCCAAACCUGCUCGCCAAUAUCAAAAGACGUGACGCCAGGUACUCAACGAACUUAACCACUGUUGGUUCUGAUUGAGUAACUGAUGUCACAUACAAAUUUGUUUCCUAAGUAGCAAUCAAGAGACAACAAAUCAUUGAUGGACGAAAAGGCAAUCGCAAAUUUCAAGGUUUUCUCAUGGGAAUAGAAAUGAGAAGAAUUACAGAGAGUUUAUUUAAAACACAACCUUUGCAACAAAAGUUAUUUUGAAUAAUAUUUUUAUUUUAAAUUUUGCCAUCAAGUAACAUUCUUGUUCCCCUGUAACAAACGUUACUGUUUGACAAGUUUGACCAAACACAUUAAAAGCUCAGAGAAAAGUGUGUCUCUUGCUCUAUAUUCAUUGUAUGAAAUCUAUUUUAGCUCCUAUAAAGAGCCUAUAUUUUGGCAGAAAAUUCCUAUAUUUUCCUAUAUUUUGAACUUGAACAUUUUGCCCAUUUUUCCUAUCAGAUUUUCCAAAACUUGACUGGGAUGCCUGAACUCGUUUUGCAGAAAUCUUGCAAAACAAGUUGCACGUUUUUGUGGCUCGUUUUACCGCACCUAAGAAGGACAAAGUCGUUUGACGCUUACGCCCAUAUGUAUACAAAACAAUUAUUUCUCCAAAACAAGUAUAUAAACUAUUAGCUUUCUCAGAAAGCGACACCCUGCCGACUGCAUUCAUCAUUAACUGAAUGGCGAAAUAAUAAGCCAUUUUCGGGUGGCCUCAACUUUCUAUUUUAAAACUGACGUAAUUGCAGAGCCUUCGAUAUGUUAAUGAUUGUUUUUAAUGCAAACGAAGCUCAUUUUCACAGGAAAGUUUUUGCCUCGUUUUGAAAGAAAGGGUUUUUGGAACUCAUAAAUGGCUAGUUUAAGUCUAAGCGAGUUUUUACUAAUAUGUUAAUUCAUGACUACGGCCACGAAUGUAUAACUUCUCUCUUUACUGCUGCUACUCAGUAUUCUCAAGUUUACUUUUGUUCUGUUGACUCAUUGUUAGACUACGAGCAGUCUCUCUUUUUGCUUAAGCUGUCGAGCGAAAAGGGCGAGAGACGAAUAUGACCACGCACGUGACUGAAGGAGCGAGGCGGGAGAGGCGCCAAGAACGAGAAUGGUUCGUUUUUCCUCUCGGGCAUUCCGGGCUGCCGCCCUCGUUUCUAGCGUCUCGCGCGAUGCUCGCGCGUGUGUGUACUCCCCUCACUAAAUCUCAAGAAAAAGAGGGACUGACCCCAGUCUACUAAUGGCAAUGUUUAGUUUAAAAGUGCCCCUGUCAUGUGUCUUGUCUCACACUCAUUAUGAAAGCUGAUAAUCAUGAGACCAGUAACAGUUAAUCAAGGUUUAACAUUGUGCAACAUUAGCGGACGAACUAAACACCGCUUUGUUCUUUUUUAUUCAUAGCCAUGUUCGUAGGUCGUUGUCACCUUCGGAUGAGCUUCGUGUAGACACGAAAACAGCUGAUCAAACGUGCUGUCUAUACGGACUUGACAUGGUCAGUGAGACUUCGUAGAUAAUGGAGAGAGGUUUGCUUUUGUGUAAACUAGUCCUCGAUUGUGAUAGAUACUAAGGGGCGGUUAUUUAAAGGGGCUGUGUCACGGCAGUCCAGUUCAUUUUGUUUAAUUUUGCCAAUUACUCGCCCUAAAUCGCUAAGGAACUUAAAGCAAACAAAGAAAUUACAUGGAAAUGACAAAAUCAUAGAUUGAAGACAAACAAAUAUGUCUUCUGAGCAUUAUUUUUGAAGUUGCGAGCAGCAGGGAUCAACUUUGAAAAACUGUUAGGCUGAACAGUUUUCAAAAACCCUAAUUUCAAUCCUUUUCAAUCUUCUUCAGUUUUGCCCAUCCGAGGCAGCUGUUGUAUCUGUUGUGUUAUUUUAAUAAUAAUUCUAACCUUCCUUUAAUGUUUUAAGCGGUUAUUUUUAUGUUUCUCUUAAUUUAACGGGCAUUUUGUAAUUACCUAAUUUGGCUGAAUUUCGUGACACAGCUCCUUUAAACGAAGGCUAACUUAGACGGCGGCUUAGGAAAUCUUUGGACCUCCAGCUCUCUUUUUGAUGAAGCUUGUUAUUUCGUUAGAAAUAUGACUGUUGUAUUUGAAGGUUUUUUUUAAACAUUUUUAUUUUUUUUUUUUUCGAAUUGCCAAUAAUAUUACGAGGAAGGUCGUAAUUUAGAUAGAGGUCAGAUUGAAUUCUGAGGAAACUUUUACGAGAAUAAAAACAAACCAGCCGGUAAGGUUUUUAAAAUCAUCUUUAACAGGAAACUCCUCCUCCAUUGCCUAAAAGCCGACCAUACACUGUUAUGGGAAACAUGAAGAUGGGAUUCCCGCAGACCCGCAUCAUGAAAGUCGAUUAUCCAGGUGAGGCUGCCUCGAUUGAGAUUUAAUUGGGUAAAAAUUUCGCGUCACUUUUUCAACCAAUCAAAGUAGAACCAAGACUCAGAUGUAUCUUGCUCGCACGUCUUCGCACCUCAUUUCCCGCGCUUAGCGCAGGACUACUUGUCCCUUCCGCAGACGUUCUUUGUGUUGUCACACAACACUGUGGAUAGGAGAGUUGUGUAACGGCACAAAGAACGGUUGCGUAGAAGUCUAGAAGACUACUGGAUGACGUCUGUUUGCUUGGAUUUGUACAAAACUGUGUUACAAUAAAAUGGAGGUUGGCACUUUUGCUCAGCUUGUCAUUUACUUCUUCAGACGUUGACGCACUGCUCAAAACCUUUAAGUUCAGUUACUUAGAAUGAAAUCAAAGCCAUCUGUUUUUUGGACUGGUGGGGAGGGAAAAACCCUGGGAACGAUUUUGGUCACGUGAUUUCACAUGACAAGUUGAUCGUAAGUUGAUUAAUUUUUUCCUGAGACUCAAAAGUUAGAACUGUCUUGUACAGCAAAAUAUGAGUAGGAAUCAGGGAUUAGAACCGUGAUAAACAUUCCAUUUUUAUGAUAAACAUUACCACAGGGAAAUACUGGUUAUACUAUUUUGCAAACACAAUUCUAGUACCAUAUCAGAAGACUAUGAAUUUAAAACGAAUUCUUUGCCUUUUUUUUACUUCUCUUCUUGAGGUCUUUAUUGGUUUUGUUGAGCCGAUGUUUUAUUCGAGAAUGAACGCUUCAUGUCUUGUUCCGUUGCAGAUGAUGGUAGCGAGGUUAUAUUGAAGAAAGGUGAUGCCGUAAAAGUGAUACGAGCAUCCGAGAAGAGAGGCUACCUUGUUAUUGAACACAAGAACACCACUCUCCAUCUGCCUUUUCAGGUCAUGGAACUUAAGGUAUGAGCUACGGAUUUCGUGAAUCGUGUUGUGUUGUUUGAUGAAUGUCUGAUCAAUUCCCAAAGUACAAACAAAAAAAAUUAGAAAUAAAUCCGCGAUUAUAAUUCUUAAAUCUGCAAUCAAGCAAAAUACGAUCUGUUUACAUCCCAGGUGUUUAAUUUCGUGUUAAUCUCUUUACUUCAGAGUUUUCGCUUCUUGAAAUCAGAGGCCAAGAAAUUUACAAAUCUUAUUCAUUUUUUUUGAAAAAUAGAGAAAAUAAACAGCGCCUUGCAAAAAUGCUGUUAAAGGGGUUUUAUGUGAGUGGUCACAUCGUAACACUUUAUUUACGCUCUCAAAAAUUAGAAACAGCAGUCAUACAUAAAUGACUGAGUUGGAGGGCAAAAUGGGUUAAUCAUGAUUUAGUCCCAAAUGUUUAGUUUCGUUUACGUUAACUUAAAAGGUCCAGAUCGUGAUACUAAGUUGAAUUAUUUUGUUUACUUUACCUAACUGCGAGCUCUAUACUUACAGCUAGCGACGCACUUUUGUAUUUUCUUUGGAUAAAUCAAUCAAGUAGAGAGAAACUUGCCGUCCUUUUUCUAGUUACUACGGUGCAGUUCCUUUAAAGCGUUUCCCAUUUUGCCGAUCCAUGUCACCUUCUUGCUCCGUUUUCCUUAAAAUUAUUUCGUGCUGAUUUUUUGCAGUUUUAAGCUGUCAUUUCAAUAUUUUACUCAAAUCAAUUAAGAAAGUACGAAAAUUGCCCAAAAUUCCGUGACUUAGCCUUUUUUAAGUAGAUCAAUAUUUUUUUUUGUUUGUAUAAUCCAAUGAUUAAAAAUUAAAGUGUAUUGAAAGGGAGGAUCCAACUAACAAUUCAACUUUGUUGAUUUAACUGUUACAACCGAUGAAGUGAAUAAAUAUUUUAGUUGGUUUUUCCAUCAUAGGGCACUUAUUGCCCGUGAUGGUACAUGGCGUUUCCUUCAAAAUUAUAUUAGCUUCAGGAAACAUCUCUCUAGAAAAGAACUUUUGACUCCGAAAAUCUAAAUUCUCUGUAGAAUUCUCCAAAUCCUUCGCCAAGAUGACCAAGACGAAACGAUGUGCAGGUUAUAUUUCCAGUUCUGGUGAGAAAUAUUUUUUGCCCUCUUUUGUUAUUUUUCUAAAGCCUUUUUUAAUCUGCACUUGACUUACGUCUAAUCUCAGUUUUGGUUUUGAUUUUUAUAGGAAAUAUGAUUAGAUCCCAUUAGAAGAGUGUUUUUCAAGGUGGAUAUUUCAAGUAAUGCCUACCUUCAUUAGAAGGUUGAGUGGCUGUUAGGAAGUUUUGAUCAGAAGGAACAGCGAAAAGACUGUGGAAACCAGAAGACGUGUUUACAGUUGUGUAUAAGUAAAACUUUACUUCAAAGAAGUAGGAAAUAGUGGCUUAGCCCGUUAGGGAGGAUUUCUUUUCCAGCUAUUCUUUCACGCAGCGGGUGAAUUGAGAGCUGGAAAGGAUUCAAAGCAUCUGCUUUCGUAGGCCAGCAUAAGAAAAACGACGCUGGACAGUCAGUUUUAAGGGGGAACGGAGGUAGAGUCGAUACACCAAGGGAAAAGAGCCAGAUGCCGCUCCUCACAUCCAAGCCUCGCAACUCAUUCCAGUACUUAAUGACUCCUGUUACUUUACUGGGUUGUGAAGGGUGGGAUUUACUAACUGUUUACACCCUUUAUAAGUGCCCCUCCCCUCCCCUCCCUCGACACACAUACCAUUGACCCUUGGCUUCCAAGAGUAAAUAAGUAAUUGACAGGGUGAUUGAGUUAUUGAGAAAUCGCUUAUUUCCUGUGACUGGGGAGGGGGAGGGGGGCAUUUCAAACCGACCUCCUAAUCUAUCCUAGCUUGGUAGAAAUGACCGCACAUAAAUUUUACAUAUUGUGAAAGUGAACUCCACCCGAAAGCUGUGGAAAUUACGAAUAUUCUAGCUACAAAUCUUGCCGACGGUCACCACAUUCUUUAUCUAGAGCCGUGUUUUUAAGAUUGGUGUAUUCUUUUUACGGUUGUUUCAUUCAGUUUCAAUUCGUGCUCAUUACUGCUUUGUAUUACUUUCAUUGAAUUUAUUAAAAUAACCCUCCAUGCAACGCUCCCUCAUCAGUAAAUGACCCUCCAAAACCAAUCAAGAUUUUGAAAGUGACUCCCCAGCAAAAUGCCCCCCUCCUCCUCCCAAAGGUAAUGAACGACCAGCCCCCAGCGGUAAGCGGCAAAGAUACAAAAAUUAAAGCGAGGAUUAUUGUUCUUUCGCACGAACCUUUGAUGGGCGUAGACUGAAAAGAAGGGCUCUUUAUAGUCUAAGGUUGAGUCACAACUUUGCUUGAGUAUAUAACUAAGUGGUAGUCUUCGUAAUGAACGCUGCUUGCGAACCCAUCGCAAAAGCUGUAUCUCGCACAAAUACACGGGAACAAAUGCUCCGCAGGCUUCUUUCCAUUAGAAACCGUUGUAGCGGGCAGACGCUACGGGUAGACGCAAUUCUUGUGAGGUUUGUGAACACGAAACGAAGAAAACAAAAGCUGUUUAUAUAUAAUAUAUAAGCAUAAGGUUUUACCUGCUUUCGCCACAAGGUUUAUAGACUAUCUUGUAAUUCAGAAUAUGACUGUGAUUUCGCGAAUGUCUUUGUACAAAACAGUCAGCUUCGUGUCUUGUAAGCACUUGAAGAGGUCAAGAAAAUGCAUUCAUAAUUUGCGUCAACCUCUUAGGUUUGACUGCUGGUUUGUCUUGCUACCUAAAUCAAACCUAUUUGUUAUAACCUUCAAAAUCAGCUAGUAUUUUAAAAUAGCUAUAAUUGUAUAGGAAGGUGUGCUUAGAGCAUUUUAUUGGUUUUUCCCAGAAGUUCCUUCCCGAAGUGCAACAGCUGUAAUAAUAUACAUUAUGGUGCAAAUAUUUUUUCAAGAGGACACCUUUAGCUUACUGCUGUGAGAUGGUCACUUUAAAUUAUUUUUUCCUUCUCGAUUGUCAAACUUAAAAAAAAUGCAAGUGUAUUUGUAAUAAACGUAGCGAC